AGUCCGUCUCGCAGUGCCCUCGGCAGCACUGCCAGCCGAGCCGCGCGCUCACAUCGCAGCGAAAGGCUGGGAAGUGGUCGAGUCGUUUCCGCUGGAGCUGGGCUAUGAACACUGGGGCGCUGGUGCGUGUGCCUCGAGUGGAGGAGAGAAGACAGACGCAACGGCUGAUGUGGGAGCGGGCAGAUGUCGUACUGGCGCACCUCCUGCCUCACGGCUUACCAGAAGGCACGCCGACGGCCUUCACGCAGGUCGGACAUAUCGCGCACUUGAAUCUGCGGGACGAGUAUCUUCCCUAUCGCUUCAUCAUCGGGCAAGCUUUGCUCGACAAGAAUCCUCAGCUGCGCACUGCCGUGAACAAGCUCGACUCGAUCGAUGCGCAGUUCCGCUUCUUCGACAUGGAGCUGGUUGCAGGCGAUGAAGACUAUGUCACAACAGCUAGCGAGUCCGACUGUUCCUUCACGUUCGACUUCCGGCAAGUCUACUGGAACUCGCGCCUGCACGCAGAGCACCAACGGCUCGUCCAGUCGUUCGCGCCGUACGACGUGCUCAGCGACGUCAUGGCCGGCGUCGGCCCUUUCGCGCUCCCCGCCGCGAAGAAGGGCCUCUGGGUGCUUGCCAACGACCUCAACCCGGCCUCGUACGAGAGUCUUGUGGGCAACAUGAAGGCGAACAAGGUCGAGCCGCGCAUCCGAGCGAGCUGCGAAGAUGGCAGAGCGUUCAUCCGGAGCAGCAUUCUGCGAGCUUGGGAGGAAGCAUUCGAGGGCCCGCCGUUGCGGCCCGAGGAAGACGACGCAGUCAAGAGUGCCACGCAGCUGGCGAAGGAGAAGCGCGCACAGCGGUCUUCUCGACCCGCCGCGAGCUCAUCACAGGCACAAGCACCCGCGAAGACGAAGCGUGCUACAAUCGAGCGCCUCCCGCCGCGCAGGCUCGUCGAUCACUUCGUCAUGAAUCUGCCCGCGUCGGCUCUCGAGUUCCUCGACGCCUAUCGCGGCGCGUACCUGCCGCUGCGCGACGCAGUCGGCGCCGAGGUCCUCGAGGCGGAGUUGGACGCACGCGAGAAAGAGGGCAAAGCGAGGUGGCCCAUGGUGCACGUGCACUGCUUCACGAAGGAUCUGGCAGGGGCGCAUGAGGACGUCUGCCACCGCGCAAACGCAGUCCUAGGUCUCAGAGGCCCCUCGCGUCUCGUGCCGCCGCCUUCUGCUCCCGACGCCUCGCCUCGCGCAGCGCACUCCUUGACCGUGCUCUCUCCCGACUCGGCACGCUUCACCGCCGAGUCCUUUGACGGCCUGCCGCCGAUGCCCGAGCUGAGCCUGACGUGCGUCCGAGCCGUGGCGCCGACGAAGGACAUGUACUGUCUCUCGUUCCGCCUGACGAGGGAGAUUCUGUUCGAUGGGCAAUAGAUGCAUCGGAACUGGGAGAGAGGACAUAGAGGCCAUCGCAUUCGUGAAAAGAGGGGCAUCGCAGAAGGUGAAGAGGAGUAUGUACAGCCGCAUCGUGCAGCAAAGGAAGAAGAAAGAAGGAGAGAGAGGACCAAUGAGCGCAAGGAAGGAAGCUGACGCCGCAGCUCUUUGUCAAGACGAAGGGAAAAGGGAGGGCACGCAAGGUCCAAGAACGAAGGGUGUGGCUGCGCAGGAGAAGAUAUCCGCUGCGCACGGGUAAUGAGAGGGAUCGCGGGAGUGGCGCUGGCGGGCCGUCGAGUAGCGUCGCCGGUGUUUACGUGCGGAAGAAAGGGUUGUUGCCUGUCGGCUGGCUCGCGAGGCGGUUGGAGCUGUGUCCCACUGCAAUAAGGAGCGCACGUCAGCGACCUCUCCUCCCACGGUCACCACGAGCAG